AUGAAGGAACUCAAUCAUCGUGAAGUCAAACUGAUGUCACUUACCCUCGAUGAAGUCAAACUAAUGGAAGUUAAUAUCAACCAUAACAUUGUACCCGGAGACCAAAACAUUGUACCCGGAGACCAAAACAUUGUACCCGGAGACCAAAACAUUGUACCCGGAGACCACAUCAUUGUACCCGGAGACCAAAACAUUGUACCCGGAGACCACAACAUUGUACCCGGAGACCACAACAUUGUACCCGGAGACCACAUUGUACCCGGAGACCAAAACAUUGUACCCGGAGACCACAACAUUGUACCCGGAGACCAUAACAUUGUACCCGGAGACCACAACAUUGUACCCGGAGACCACAACAUUGUACCCGGAGACCAUAACGUGUGUGUGUCUGUAUAUAAAUGGGUUAAGUCACUCGCUGUUAGCCUCUGA